AUGCCCCGCGCCCGCGCGCGCCUCCCUCCCCGUCCUUCCGCCCGGGCGCGGCGCAGGAUUGUGAGGAAACAGAGAAGCGGGACGGGGGGAAGAAAUGGUGAGGACAGCGGCCCCAGGCUGUGCGCGUCUGUCUCCCGAGAGGUACGGCAGCUGCCCCGGGAAGCAGCGUCGGGGGAGCAGCCCAGGCGGCGGUCAAGGCCUCACUCCGCGGAAGCUUCCUGCCACGUCCCCCGCUACUUUCUCUCUGGCAGCAGCUUGUACUUUUACCUCUUGUUUAUCCUAAAACAAAAAUUGUUUUACAACUUAUCUCACUGGAAUUUGGAUACAGAAGUACCCGUUCCUGAAAAUAAAAACCUCCCACCUGGAAGGGAUAGUGCCACAGGUGACAAAAUUAACAAGAACCAUUUGGAAAUUCCAGUAGAGCAACUCAUGCUGGGACUUACUUUGUCAGAGCAUGCUCCCAAAAGAACACAGAAUAGUAAACAAGGGAUAUUCCAGUUAUGGAGUUAUCCUGUCAACAAAGGACGUGCCACGGAGAACAGGGAUUUCAAAAAGUCUUCAAUGGAAACUGGCUGUAAUGGGACCAGUAAUUGCAUGAGUCUCUUCGCUGUGAACCACUCACUAACAAGUGCUUCAGUGGACGAGCCAGUUGGCUCCUACCCUGCCCUGCAGACGCCAUUAAGUCACUGCUGGCCUUAUGCUGAUGGAGACUUUUUUAAGGACAGAAAUGAGCCUCAUAUUAAUUUAUGCUCAACUCUAGGAAACAACAGGGGCGAACUUUUAACUGCGCCAAAUUGGAAUCUGAAGUAUGGAAACAGCAGUGUGGAAGAAAAUUUAACAGAUGAAAGUGACUUAUCAGAAAAUGAAAAAGCAAACGAUACUUUACUCCGCCAUUUUAAAAAGAUGGACCUGAACUUAAAGCCAGAAACAAUAGAAAAUGUUGAAGACUCUUUUACAGAAGAACCAAGUGAAGUAUUUCCAUAUCCUGAUUUUCUUCCCCCUCCUUUCAAUAUCCUGGACUUGCACAAAUUAGCCAUCUCAAAAUCUGAAAAUUGGAAGAUGACAAUGGAGCCUCUAGACAGCUCUCUGGAACAUUUGGUAGCUCAUUUACGACAGAGGUGGCAGCGCAUGACUAUUCAAAGAGAACGGCCGAGACUGCAGACUUCCUUCCGUGCUCCCUUAGCCACCGAACGACCCUCUUCCUCCAAAGCUGUACCCAAAAUGAGGCAGCCCAAACCUUCCGACUCUCUGGGUCUUCAGACAACUUGUGUAGAGAAAAGUCACGAGGAAAGGAAAACCAAUUCUGGUUCUUGCAAGCUUGAAUACAAUGCUCCCAAGUGGAAUUGCAGCCGUGCUGGGAAAUACAAGUGGAAUUCUAGACCAGCUCUGAAAACCUCACCCACCACAAAACAGGUGAUUGCAGCUUACGACAACUUUAAGAACCCCAAGGUCUCCAUUUUAAACCCAUGCCAAGAACUCUCAGCCAAGCCUGCUCCUGCCCAGACAUCUCAGUUGCUGGUUAAAAUGGUCUCAACCAGAUGUCUGCCACCAAAGUCUCCUACACCAGUUUCACCUAUACCUCUGUCUUUUCCUGAAAAUCAGAGGGAAGAAAUUAAGGCACCACCAAGGACCAGAAAGAAACUUUACCGAAAAGACAUGGUACUGAACAGACCAUUCUAUAUUCAGAAGCUAAACUGUUAAUCACCUUCGUUGAUAGCUAAGGAUAAGUGCUCACCCAUUGACCAAAAAUAA